UCUAAAAAGAAAACCCAUCGAAAAACGACCCUCCAAAAGCCCAGCCCAAUCUGCUUAACCCAAAACCUAGGGCUCUUUAAAUCCCCACUACAAAUCAAUUCCUCUCUCUUCUUCUUCGUCAAAACCCUAACGCCGCCGAUCAGGGAGAGAGAGAGAGAGAGGAGAGAGAAGAGAUGGCCAAGUCGAAGAAUCACACAGCACACAAUCAGUCAGCCAAAGCGCACAAGAAUGGUAUCAAGAAGCCCCGGAAGCAACGUAACAUCUCCACACGUGGCAUGGACCCGAAGUUUUUGAGGAACCAGAGGUAUGCGAGGAAGCAUAACAACAAGGCUGCUGAAGGCUCUGCAGAAGAGUGAACUCGAAAGUCAUGUUAGGGUUCAAUAUGUUUACUUAGCUUGUUAUCGUUGUUGAAGUAUCUGUAGGUUGUUUUACGUAUUGGAUGAGAAUAUUGUUAUGAGUUUUGUUAAAUGAGAUUGGUUUCAUUUUGAUGAUUCGGUUAA